CUGUACGGUAGAAUACAUCACGUUAUCUCAAAAAUAUGGACAUAAAACCUCAAUAUCGUGCUUGUGCGGUUUCCUUGGAGGCAUUGUUGUGUCGGCGGCCAUGACAGUGGGAAUCCUACGACGUCUCGUGACGCUGCGACGUGACCAACGGUCGUAAUGGGGCGGGGCUCGUAAACAGAAAUCUAAAUAAAGAAAGGCUCGUGCAGAAAUUUACUCCAAAGUAUCUCACUUUUUCUCCCCAAGUAAAAGGUUAAUCUCGUGUGAUGCCGAUACGCCGAGCAGCAGCGACUCCAACCCCGGAGAAGGCCCCCUCCGCUGCAGCAGAGAAAGAGCCUGAAGCGUCCUCGGAGGAGUCGCCCUCCGCGGACGAGGAGCCGGCCGCAUCUUCAGCCACGGCAGCCGAAGGCGAGGAGGGCGAGGCCCCGGGCGAGGCCACGGGGGAGGCCCCGGGCGACUCGGAGCCCACAGAGAACGGAGAGAAGGCCGAUGACGCGGCGGUGGAGAAGGACGGAGAAGGGACGGGGAAGAAAGAUGACAAAUGCAAGGACUGCGCGGCGGGACAGUGUGCAACACACUGCUAUGUUCUCCUACUAAGGUUGAAGGACGGCUACAAGUACGAGAGAGCCAAAGUCAAGAAGGUGAAACGGACGAUUCCGGCGUGGGCUAGCGUCGCUGCCAGCAAAAAGCUUCCCGUUACCAACUUUGCAGGCACUCAGAACAAAGUGGAUAAUAUCCUCAUCGAAGCUAUUACGUCUUGUAAUGACAAGUCUGGGGUUUCAUACCAGUCCGUCAUGAAAUAUAUUCUGAAAAAAUACCCGGGGAUGGAGCUCGACAAGAAGAAGUUUCUCAUCAAGAAAGCAAUGAAGAAACAUUUGGAGAAAGGCACCAUCAAACAGCUAAAGGGUAAAGGGCUUUCAGGAACAUUCACCAUUGGGAAGCAGGCCACUUCUUCUAAGAAGGCUGCUCAGAAGACUGAGUGUCUGGGAGAUGCUCUUCCUCUCAUCAUCACUCGACUCUGUGAGCCCAAAGAGGCCUCCUACAACCUGAUCAAGAAAUACCUGGAGCAGCACUUCCCCAACUUCAACAUCGAGAACUGGCCAGACGUCCUGAAGACGGCCCUGGUGAAGGCAGUAGAGAAAGGACAUCUGAAGCAGAUCACUGGGAAAGGAGCCACGGGGACUUUCCAGCUGAGGCGUACCGGUAACAAGGUCCUGCUAAAGGGCAACACCUUGGAGGACGCCAUCACAGCCGCCAUCACAGCCAUGAAUGAACCCAAGACCUGCAGCACCACCACUCUACGCAAACACCUAUUGGACGCAAACAAGGAUAUAAAGGAGUACCAGUUAGUGGCCAAUCUGAGGAGGACCCUGACGAAGUGUAAAGUACUCGGCUGGAUGGAGCAGAUCACCGGGCACGGCUUCACCGGGACCUACCAGCUCUCGUUCCCUUUCUACCCGAGCCCUACCAUCCUGUACCCAGACAAGUUCAACAAGCCUCCGCAGAAACCGCCUUCACGGAGGCGCACGGUUGAAUCUUCUGACGAGGAAGAGUCCGAGGAGGAAGAGUCCGAGGAUGAAGCUCCCUCUGGGAAGAGAAAAGCUGUGAAGAGGCCUCCACCCAAGGCUCGCCGUCCUCCUCCGGCAAAAAAGUCCCGGAGCCCAAGCCAGUCCAAAGCUAAAGGCAGAGGACGCGUCCUCGCAAAGAAGUCUCCGGCCAAAAAGGCGGUGUCUUCAGCCAAGAGACGGGGAAGGAAACCAACAGCCUCUAAGAAGGAAGACACACCCCCACCCAAAGCCACGCCUGUCAAGAGAGGAGCUCCCGCAAGAAAGCCCAAAACGCCGGCUGUUAAAAAGCUGACCAAAAGGGGGUCCAAGCGGCCGGUGUCGAGAGAGUCAACCCCCGAGGAGGCCGUAGUCCCAAAGGAGACGCCGAGGAGUGGGUCCAAGCGGUCUAAGCCCGCCGAGUCGUCUCCCGAGGAGCCUAAAGUCAAAAAGCCGGCGACCAAAAGUGGGUCCAGGCGGCCCACGCCUGCAGAGUCAUCCCCAGAAGAGCCUGUAGUCAAAAGGGGGGCGAGGAGCAGCAAGCAGUCCCCUCGUAAGUCCAAGAGAGGGAAAUACUGAGCUGGGCCCAGCUGCACCUCCACGAACUGGGCCGCUCUGAAUAUGCAGCUGCCUGCCGCUUUCUUUCAGUGCUCGCUCUCUUUUUUAUCAUUUUCUCCCUUUUUAACAGGGCAGUAGUUCAUUUUUUUUUUAUUUCUAUUGUAGAAUAAGAACGUUCUCCUACCAAGUUUACUGUACAUUGAGAGAUUCUCAAUUUCCUUUUUAAUCAACAUGUGUAGAAAAGCUCAGUUAGUGUUGCUGUUCCAACAGAUGUGUGAGCAGCUGCCAGAUCGGGAAGCAUAGAUCCCACAAACUGUAACUAGAGCCAUGUAGUGACUUCUGUUUUUAUAUCUGUUCAUCACCCACUGUUUAGGCAUCGGCAGUACAUGUUCCUAAUAUCAAAUGACGUUCGCUAUCAGUGU